AUGUCCAGGAAGCGAAAGAUUGAUGCAGAUGGAAGGCUGUUACAUGAAAGAUGGGAUGGCGAAUAUAUGUUUGUGCUUCAAGGAGAAAAACCGGUAUGUCUUGUGUGUUAUGAGGCGUUGUCGGUCGUCAGAGAGUACAAUCUACGUUGGCAUUUCUACACCAAACGAGGAGCCAAGUAUGCUAAAGUUAGCCUUCAAGAAAAACAACAAAUUGCCAAAGAAUUAAAAGGCAAACUGCGAUCGCAACAGAAUGUGUUCACAAAAGCCACCACCAAAAUCGAUGGGGUAGUAAAAGCUAGCUUUAUUGUGGCUGAAGAAAUCGUCCACGCUUCAAAGUUUUUUUCAGAGGGUGCCUUUUUGAAGCAGUGCAUGCUGAAGUUGUGUGAGCAGGUGUGCCCCGACCAGAUACUGACUUUUAAGAAUGUCAGUUUGUCAAGAAACACCAUAGCGGACCGAGUCAAGGAGCUAGCAGGAAACCUUUCAACACAGCUGGCCGAAGAGUCACGCAGUUACACUGCUUUUUCAUUAGCUGUUGAUGAAGGCACAGACAAAAUGGAUACGGCACAGCUAUCCAUUUUUAUUAGAGGCGUGAAGUCGGACCUCUCUGUCACCGAGGAGCUCUUGGAUGUAGUUGCCAUGCAUGGGACCACAACGGGACGGGAUAUUUAUGAAGCGGUGGGGAAGUCCUUAAGUAAAACUGGAUUGCCCUGGGAAAAGUUGGUGGGAUUAACUACAGAUGGUGCACCUGCAAUGCGUGGAGGAAAAACGGGCUUGGUUGGAUUAAUGAAGGAGAAAAUGCAAAAAAGUAACUGUCACAUGCCUCUGAUUGCUGUUUUCACUCAGAGUAAAGGAAAACCCUUGUCUGAAUUGUCAAAUCCAAACUGGCUGUGUGAUUUUGCUAUGUUAUGUGACAUAACUGAGCAUCUCGCCCAACUGAAUCAGAAGCUGCAGGGACGCAAACAAAUCAUCACGCAGAUGUCCGACAUGAUCACAUGUUUCCAGCGUAAACUUGACCUAUGGAAGUGCCAAGUGGAACAGGACAAUCUUGCCCACUUUUCUGUUUGUCAGAACAUCUCGGCCUCAGUUCCCGAUGUUUUUUCAUGUGUCAGGUUGGCUACCAAACUGAAUCGGUUAAUGGAUGAGUUUGAUCGUCGCUUCUCUGACUUCAGAUCACAGCACUGGAGCUUUGCCAUCUUUGCCAGUCCUUUCACCACCGAUGUCAGCAGUGUGCCUCAUCACCUUCAGCUGGAAAUAAUCGAGCUUCAAAGCGACAGUGGCCUGAGAGCAAAGUUCCAGGAUGCUGCAAUCGAGGACUUUUACUGUCUACUGCCCCCUGAUGUGAUGCCACAGCUUCGACUUCAUGCUGCCCGUGUUCUGUCUAUGUUUGGGAGCACCUAUCUGUGCAAACAGAUGUUUUCAAUAAUGAAUCUAAACAAAACCAAGCACACAUCACGUAUCGCUGAUGACAACCUCCACGCUGUUUUACCGAUUGCCACAGCACAAGAGCUAAAACCAGACAUUGACACACUGGCCAAAGGAAAACGAACAUGA